AUGUUGGAAGAAGGAAAUAAUGUUUACGAGAUCCAGGAUUUGGAGAAGAGCUCUCCCGUAAUAGGCUCGAGCCUGGAAAACGAGAAGAAGGCAGCCACUUCUGAAAUUUUUACCGCUACCUCUGAAGAUGACCAACAAUACAUAGUUGAAUCAUCAGAGGCUACAACAUUGUCAUACUUUCAAAGGAUUUUUUCCAGUUUAAAUGCUGAGACAAAGGGUGUUGAACCAAUUACAGAGGAUGAGAAAACUGACGACUCUAUACUGAAUGCGGCAUCCAUGUGGUUUUCGGCCAAUAUGGUUAUUGCAUCAUAUGCCCUAGGUGCCUUGGGUCCCAUGGUCUUCGGUCUUAAUUUUGGCCAAAGUGUUUUGGUCAUCAUUUUUUUCAACAUAAUAGGUUUGGUAUCUGUGGCUUUCUUUUCAGUUUUCGGUGCCGAAUUGGGGCUGAGACAGAUGAUUCUUUCCAGGUACCUGGUUGGGAAUGUCACGGCAAGAAUUUUUUCUUUUAUUAAUGUUAUCGCCUGUGUUGGUUGGGGUAUUGUGAAUACCUCAGUUUCCGCGCAACUUCUGAAUAUGGUGAAUGAAGGUUCCGGCCAUGUCUGCCCUAUUUGGGCUGGUUGUGUGAUCAUUAUUGGUGGUACUGUGCUUGUGACUUUCUUUGGUUACAGAGUCAUCCACACAUACGAAAAAUGGUCGUGGGUGCCUAAUUUUGCCGUCUUUUUAGUCAUUAUUGCUCAACUAUCUCGGUCAGGGAAGUUCAAGGGCGGUGAAUGGAUAGGUGGCCCCACUACCGCAGGUAGUGUUCUUUCCUUUGGCUCCUCUAUUUAUGGGUUUGCUGCAGGUUGGACAACUUAUGCCGCUGACUACACUGUCUAUAUGCCGAAGAGGACCAACAAAUACAAGAUUUUUUUUUCCCUGGUUGCCGGUCUAGCAUUCCCUCUAUUUUUCACUAUGAUCCUUGGUGCUGCCUCUGCUAUGGCUGCUCUUAAUGACCCAACCUGGAAGGCAUACUAUGAUAAAAAUGCUAUGGGUGGUGUGAUAUAUGCUAUCUUAGUUCCCAACUCUCUAAACGGGUUUGGUCAAUUUUGUUGUGUCUUGUUGGCUUUGUCUACUAUUGCCAAUAACAUUCCAAACAUGUAUACCGUGGCUUUAUCCGCCCAAGCGUUAUGGGCACCAUUGGCCAAGGUACCAAGAGUUAUCUGGACAAUGGCAGGUAAUGCUGCAACUUUAGGUAUUUCCAUUCCUGCAACCUAUUACUUUGAUGGAUUCAUGGAGAAUUUUAUGGACUCCAUCGGUUAUUACCUGGCUAUCUACAUUGCUAUUGCAUGCUCAGAGCAUUUCAUCUACAGACGUUCGUUUAGUGCUUACAAAGUCGAAGACUGGGACAACUGGAAUGGUCUACCUAUUGGUAUUGCGGGUACUGCUGCCUUGAUCGUUGGUGCCUUCGGUGUUGCGUUGGGUAUGAGCCAAACAUACUGGAUUGGCGAAAUUGGUCGUCUAAUUGGUGACUAUGGUGGUGAUAUUGGGUUCGAAUUGGGUGCAAGUUGGGCCUUCAUCAUUUACAACAUUUUAAGACCUCUAGAAAUCAAAUACUACGGCCGUUAG